AUGUCUCGUCUGCAGGUCAGCAUCGACCGUCUCACCCCCCGCCGCGCGACGGUCGAACCGCGCGAGGCCAUGAACUGCAAGUCCUGUCGCAAGAGAAAGAUCAAAUGCAACCGCCUACGCCCCAGCUGCGAAGCCUGCAAGGUCUUCCAAUGUCUCUGCGUCUACGAUGCGGUCCCCAAAAAGCGCGGCCCCAAGACAGACGUCCUGGAGGCUCUACUCAAGCGCGUCGAUGGUCUCGAGAAAAGACUCCAGGAUGAGAAAAACCCUAUCUCGCCGACUUCCCCGGAACCUACUCCCGACGAUCUCCCGCUCGGCAGUCAACCCCGUCGCAAUACUAUAGAUGCAUCGUUCAAUCAGUACAGUCCUUCGGACUCGCAACCGACACUUUCGACGCCCGGGUCGCAAAACAUAGAUACAUUUGCUAGGCCAACCGUUCAUGCGCCCACCUCGGCUCUAUCGCAGCCGUCGCCGAAACAGAAUGGGAUCUUGUCGGAUGUCUUGCUUGAUGCGUACUUUGCUCGAUUACAUGGCAAGCCGUUCUUCGUUCUUGAUGAGCAAAGCACGAGGCAGCGAUUUCAAUUGAACCAACUACCUGCGCAUUUGUGUAUGGCCAUUUGCGCUAUGACGGUUAGGUACACGUAUUCGGUCGGUCAGCCAGAUCAUUCAUUACGCAUGGGCCUAGAUGCUGCUCUGCAGGCGCGACAGAUGGUUGAUGUCGACAACCCGACAGUCGAGGGAUUGCAGACACUUCUGCUACUGUCACAGGCUUACUUUGCCUAUGGACUGGGAAAGAAAGCCUACAUGGUCUUCUCAAAUUGCGUGGCUAUGGUGGUGGCAUUAGACCUGCUCCGCGAAGUACCAACCAAAAUUAACAUGUCGCCCGCCGAGCGCGAGAUGAGGCGCCGGCUAUUCUGGUCCAUUUAUCUCAUGGAUCGCUUCAUCACCUGUGGUUCCCGUCGUCCGUGUCUCAUUUCCGACCAUUCAAUUGUUUUGCGCUUGCCUUCUUGGUCGCCACAUGCCGCGGGUCUCAGCGUGGAUGGUGAGCUAUUCCACGUGGGACCCAAUAUUCAAUAUUCCGCAGACUCUCGGCGGAAGGCGCCCAGCGCGGCAUCCUUGUUAAUUGAUAUCACCCGCAUACUCGGUGUCACUAACCGGUACUUGGCUGCCGGUGGUGUCAAAGGCGAUUCACAUUUCCCUUGGCAUGCACUUUCGAAUCUCUCGAAAAUACGACAAGAACUAGACAUUUGGGCAGCGGGGACGCAGGACGUCUUUGCGUCAAUUGAAGUCUUGUUCGGUCACCCGGAGAGUACGAUAUUACUUCUCAGCAAAUUGAUCUAUCAUCUCGUGCACUGCUUGGUCUAUCGUCCAUUCUUGCCUAUCGACCUCGUGGAGCUGCGAGGCACGGGUCAGCACCAGUCGUGGCAGAUUGAAGCGACCAACCUGUGCUUCUCACACUCAAAUGCAAUUGCAGAGCUUGUGGAGCUGGGCAGAGACUCUCCCCUCGUGGAGUGGCCUGCAUUCGUCGGCUACUGUGUGUGUACAGCUGGUACUGUACACGUCCAUGGAGUGCACUACAAAGGCCGUGAAGGCGAGGUGUUCUCGUCCAGUGCCGAGUUCCUGACUCGCGAGAUGCACCAGCUGGCCUGGUUGCGCAAUGCCUGGGCAGGCGUGCAGCAUCAGCGUGAGCUGCUUCAAUCGAUCUAUACAUGCCACGCUGAACUGGUGCGUAAUCUUGCCAGCAGCCCGAUGCGAUUUUCACCAGUUUUCCAUCUCGAAGACUUCUUAGAUCGUUAUCCCGGGCUAGCGGUAGAUGGAGCACACGUCCGCUUGAUUGACACAGGGGAUGAUCUGGUAUCAAGUGCCAACUUCAUAGACCGACAAGACCACUACUACCAACGCCCAAUGGCACCGCCCUACCAAGCCCGGGGCUUCUUCGAACCUCGCCCAUCUCUCUCGUCUCAACCCGGCCCCGAACGCCGCCUCUCUCACCCCCAGUUCAAACAUCUCCAAGCACCCACCUCUCCAGCCCUCCACUUUCACGCUCCCAACAAUACGAAUUCACAAGCUUCUCCCUCCCUCUCAACAAUCUUCCCUCAAACCGACCUCCAAGAGAACGCCCAUCUCUCCUUACCAAGUGCCUUUUCCCCAAGCGCAUUCGGCCUCUCACCCCCGUCCUUCCUAACCGACCCCUCCCUAAACAUCGCUCCAACACCUCCCUCAAACCCUCAAUACGCUACCUUCCCCUUCGACAAUAAUCUAAACAAUCUAAACGGAACCGGAACUGCCCUGACGCCUGGCGCACAGUCUCAGACUUCUGGGUCUCACACAGCUAGUGAAACUGGGACGGCGGAGAAGGAUCCGUUUUUGAGCCUGCUGGAGCAGCUUGCGGAGAAUGAAAAUUCGCAGGGUGGGCCUAGUGAGUUGGAUUUCUUCUUGAGUGGCGGUGUUGAUGAGGGGGUUCUUGGGGGUGGAGUUGGAGUUGCGGAUGGAGAGGAGAAAGGUUUGAAUGGGCUGUGA